AUGAAAUCCAAUAGCGAUCGCUUUCCAGAUAUCGACCGGGAAAAUGUAAAGGUUGAUGUCGAUCCCCAAGUCAUUGCAGCACUGCUGGAAGGCUGUCGGGUUGUCUCUAUCCAGGACUAUGGCAACAGCUUCUGGGCCCAUAGCAACCGAGUCAGCGUCGAAUUGGCAGAUGGAACCCGGCAUUCAUUCUUCCUGAAAGUCGCGUCUAAAGAGCAAGGCCAAAAUAUGCUCCAUGGCAAAUUCGAAUCCAUGAAAGCUAUAUACGCUGUGCUUCCUGGCUUCGCGCCAAAGCCUAUUGCUUAUGGAGCUCACGACAACAUACCGUAUUUGCACUUUUUCCUCUGCGAUUUAGAGAGAUGA